GAGGUCUUGGCCUGGUGUUGUGGAAACAUUUGCUUUGGAGGCAGACAGGCUGGAUUCUGAUCCUGAUUCUGCCAUUUACUGCCUGUGUGACUUUGAGUAAGUCACCUCUCUGAGCCUUAUUUUCCUCAUGGACAAACUAUAGGGGGCCAGCAGCUCAGCACGUGCUGGAGAAAACACAGCAUUUGGGUCAUACAGACCUGGGGCUAAAUCCCAAAACACUUAUGAGCUGGGUAACUAUGGGGUAAGUCACUUCACCUUUCUGAGCCUCAGUGUUCUCAUCUGUACAAUGGAAAUUAUAGUAACUGCUUCACUGGCUUGUUGUGAGAAUUAAAUGAAAUGAUAUAGGACAAGUGCUUAGAAGAGUAUCUAACAUCCUUAAACACUAGGGGUGGGCUUAUUAUGGUAGUAGGUGUUGCCCUCCGCCCCCUUUCUCUCUCUCUCUCUCUCUCUCUCUCUCCCUCCCCACAUUGUGCGCGUGCACACACGCACACACACGCAUAUUCUUUGGCACUUCUCCCCCCAGUCAGUGUCCUAAGAUGUGUCCUGCGUCCUCUUGCCUAGGCCACUUGUCUGCUGGCCUGGGGCCUCCCUCUUCAGCACUCCUUACCUCGCCUGGGCUGCUCAGCCCUGUGGGUUUGUCCCAGCUGGGAAAGACAAUAUGUGUCUAGGGUGACUUCACAGCCAUUCUCAGCUUGGUCAUCACAACCAUUGGGGUCAAACAGUGGCAAAACAGGAACCAGGCUGCUUGCCCUACAGAUGGGACACUGAGACCCUGAAAGCUUAAGGGACUUGCCCCAGGGAGCAGGGCUGGUGGGCAGUAGAGUCUGGAUGGGAGACUGGGUCUCAAUUAUCCCAAUCCUCCCUCUUGAGAGCGAGUAACCCUCAAAUUCUCCACACUGUGUCUAGGGCACUGCUCAAGGGUGUCCACUGCCGAGGGGCCCCUUUCUGUUAGAUGGCAGGGUGGAGUUCCACGUGCUGCAGGGACGGGCCCUCCUGGAGGCUCAGAUGCUCACCUCAGGGAUAGAGUGGAAUUUGGCAGGCAGGGCAGGGGGAAACGAGUGCCCCUUUGGGCAGCAGUGCCCUCAGGUUCAGAACUAAUCCAGGUCCUUCCUUAUCCUCACCUCGCACUCACUGCUCAGCCCUUUGCCGUGGACUGCUACCCCUCACUUUGCUGUUUGUUCAGUUGACUUUUAGUGAGCACCGCUUAAUAGAUCCCUGUUCUCAUAGAAUAAGAAAUAAAUGAUCGGGAAAUGAUCAAUGAGAGGAAAACAAUAAAACACGUGCAGAUCUGGGCAAGAGCAUUCCAGGUGGAGGGAGCAGCAAGGGCAAAGGCCCUGAGGCAAGAAUGCACUUGCUGUGUUUGAGGGAUGGUGAGAAAGCUAGAAUUUGGUGAGGGAAGAGCACAUGGUAGAUGGAGUCAGAGAGGAGAUUGUAUAAGCUUCGAUUUUAUGGGAGGUUUUCAAGCAGUGAGAUUCAUGAAAGACGUCACUCAUGCUGCCAUGCUUAGGACAGACUAAAAGAGGUCAGGUUGUUGCUGGGGUCGAGGCCCAGGGUCGUGAUGGUGCCUCAGUCUGUGGCAGUGAUGGAGGAGGGAGGUAGGCAGAUCCAGAGUCUGUGUUUUAGGGAAAGCAGACAGAACCUGCUGAUGGGGGGAAGGAGUGUGGCAGGGAGGUGAAGGGAGAGUCCAGGAGAAAAACUGCUCUCACCAGCGUCACCGUGUCACCGAGGCGCCUCAUGUCAAUUCUCAGCGCCUUCCCCAGCCUGCACAGUUUCCCAGGACAGAACCAGACAAGAGGAGGCAUUCAGUAAAGAGCCAUGAGCCACCGGAUCCUGCUGCUUCUGGCCGUGCUGACCCUGGGCCUGGCUACCUCCCAACACCGAGACAAGGUGCCCUGUAAGAAGGUGGACAAGGAAGUCUUGUGCCGGGGCCUUGGCCUACUCCAGGUCCCCUCGGUGCUCCCACGGGACAUUGAGGUCCUCGACCUGUCUGGGAACCAGCUGCGGAGCAUCCUGGCCUCGCCCCUGGGCUUCUACACAGCGCUUCUUCACCUGGACCUGAGCGCCAACGAGAUUAGCUUCCUCCAGCCAGGGGUCUUCCAGGCCCUGCCCCACCUGGAGCACCUCAACCUGGCCCACAACCGCCUGGCGGUGGGCACGGCGCUGAGCACUGGGGGUCUGGGUCCCCUGCCACACCUGACGUCCCUGGACCUGUCUGGCAACAGCCUGUACAGUGGCCUGGCGGAGCGGCUGCUGGUGGAGGCGCCCGCCCUGCGCAGCCUCUCGCUGGCGGAGAACAGCCUGACGCGCCUGGGCCGCCACACCUUCUGGGGCACGCCCGCGCUCGAGCGGCUGGACCUUCACAGCAACGUGCUGAUGGACAUCGAGGACGGAGCCUUCGAAGCCCUGCCCCACCUGGCACACCUCAACCUCUCCAGGAACUCCCUCACCUGCAUCUCCGACUUCAGCCUCCAGCAGCUGCGGGUCCUAGACCUGAGCUGCAACAGUAUUGAGGCCUUUCAGACGGCCCCGGAGCCCCGGGCCCAGUAUCAGCUCGCCUGGCUUGACCUGCGGGAGAACAAACUGCUCCACUUCCCCGACCUGGCCGCGCUUCCGAGACUCAUUUACCUGAACGUGUCUAACAACCUCAUCCGCCUCCCUGCAGGGCCGCCCCAGGGCGGCGAGGGCCUUCACGCGCCUUCCGAGGGCUGGUCCGCCUUGCCCUUCUCUAACCCCGGCCGCAACGCCAGCACCCAGCCCCUCUCUCAGCUCUUGAAUCUGGAUCUGAGCUACAAUGAGAUUGAGCUCGUCCCCGAGGGCUUUCUUGAGCACCUGACUUCCCUGCGCUUCCUGAACCUCAGCCGGAACUGCUUGCGGGCCUUUGAGGCCCGGCGCGUGGGCUCCUUGCCUUGCCUCGCACUCCUGGACAUGAGCCACAAUGCGCUGGAGACGCUGGAGCUGGGUGCCAGGGCCCUGGGGUCUCUGCAGACGCUGCUCCUACAGGACAACGCCCUGCGGGACCUGCCCCCGUACACCUUCGCUGGCCUGGCCAGCCUGCAGAGGCUCAACCUGCAGGGGAACCGGGUCAGCCCCUGCGGGGGCCCAGGUGAGCCUGGACCCGCGGGCUGUGUGGCCUUCUCUGGCGUCUCCUCCCUCCACGUCCUGAACCUGGCGGACAAUGAGAUGGAGACGCUCCGGGCAGGUGCCUUCCUCCACACUCCGCUGACCGAGCUGGACCUCUCCGCCAACCCUGGGCUGGAUGUGGCCACAGGGGCCUUGGCGGGCCUGGAGGGCUCCCUGGAGGUGCUGGCCUUGCGGGGCAACGGGCUGGCCGUCCUGCAGGUGGACCUGCCCUGCUUCAGCUGCCUCAAGCGGCUCAAUCUGGCAGAGAACCGCCUGAGCCGCCUGCCUACCUGGACGCAGGCCGUGUCCUUGGAGGUGCUGGACCUAAGGAACAACAGCUUCAGCCUCCUGCCGGGCAGCGCCAUGGGUGGCCUGGAGACCAGCCUGCGGCGCCUCUACCUGCAGGGGAACCCCCUCAGCUGCUGCGGCAACGGCUGGCUGGCGGCCCAGCUGCACCAGGGCCGUGUGGACGUGGACGCCACCCAGGACCUGAUCUGCCGCUUCGGCUCCCAGGAGGAGGUGUCCCUGAGUCACGUGCGUCCUGAGGACUGUGAGAAGGGGGGGCUCAAGAACAUCAACCUCAUCAUCAUCCUCACCUUCGCCCUGGUGUGUGCCAUCCUUCUCACCACGCUGGCCGCCUGCUGCUGUGUCCGCCGGCAGAAGUUCAACCAGCAGUACAAAGCCUAGAGAGGCUGCGGGCUACAGACCAGCUCUGUCGGGGGACCCUGCCAGGUCAGUGGGGGAGCCAGAGGCACGAAGAAGGGUGGGGACUGACCCAAGAUUAUUACCCAGUGAGCCAGGAUCCAAGAACCCUGGUCUCUCGGUCCCAGCCCAGGGCUCCUUUCCCUGUAUCCUGCUGCAUCAGUCGGUGACUCACUUCACAGGGCGCACGUGUGGUCCAGCUGUGGAAGCUGGAAGAUGGGCAGCUUGCAGGAGUGACAGAGUGUAAGGUUGACCCAUCGGAUCAACACGUCUUCACCAGGCGUCUGUUUUGUGCCACACCCUGCCCUGGGCACGGGGGACGCCAGGGAACGAGACACAUCCCUGCCCUCAGCAUCGCCCAGUCUGGGUGGGGAGGUGGUUGCAGUGACCACACAGAGCAUGGAAGCCAGGGCCCCAAAGCUCUGCAGCCCCAGCUGGCUGAGUGUGGAUGGCCCUGCCCCUGCUGGGCCAGGGUAAGAGAGAGGCAAUGCCAACCACGAGGAUUUGUCUAAGAGGUGUCCAAGCAGACUGUUCGUCACAUCUUCUGAUGAUGACUUCCAGCUUCUCUGGAACAUAAAAAGCUUGUGACCGGAAGAGAGCUGGAGCCCCCUAAGGCUUGGAUCCAGUGCUAUUAGGCGGGCUGCGGCAGCUCCAGCAGGGCCUGGUUAAGAGGCGCUCUCCCUGGGCUCCAGCCCAGCGCUGGACCAUUCCGUUUCCUGCUCCGGGCAGGCUCUUUCCCUACCUGGCACUCUCGUGUUGCACACACCGGCCAAGAUACUGCCCUAGCCCCGCUACUCCCUGCCGGGGGCCGCCCUGCUCCAUCCCAGCCUCACCCUGGCCGCUGAGCCAGGAGUGAGAACCUUAGGUGUCUGGUUCCGUUCAGCACCACACUUGGCAGUGGUGACAAACCCAAGCCUGCAUCUGCCUCUUUAUGACAACCCUCUGAGGUUCGUAUUUUAUCCCAUUUUACAAGAGGCCCCAAAAGUCUCCCUCCAGGGACCUCCAGCUAAGAAAUGCCAGGACUGAGCUCCAGACUCACAUCCUCCUGAGUCCAGAGCCUGAGCUUGGCCACUGCAGGGGCUGCAGGCUGUUAGGCGGACAGGAGCAAGGCCCGGGAGCGUCCUGUGCCGUGCACACCCACCCGCUCCUCUCCCUCCUCUCUCCCAGGCGGGCAGAGAGAAGAUGGGCAGCCACAGGCCCUCUCCUCCUUCUGUGCCUCAUUUUCCCUUCUUCCCCCAUUUGCAGACUAGGCGGGCUCUCCUUUUUCUCUUCUUGCUCUUGCGUGCCCUCCUUCCCUCUCCCUCCUUUGAGCAUAGCCUGGACUUUGAAACCAUUGAGUCCAACCUCCCUGUUGCACAGGUACGGAGGCUAAGACUGAGGAAGAGAAUGGGACUUGCUCAGAGCUGCACAGGUCAGUGGCAGCGCCUGUGAAACAAGGUGGAUUCAGACCUCAUUGAGGGGGUGGGGGGCGGGGCUUGGUGGUUGGACCUGAAUGGUUUCCUUCUCUCUCAGCUGUCACAUCACAAGGUGAUGCUGGCUCCAAACUCGCUUACUAGUCCUCAUCAUGCAGGGACUUUUUUUUCCCCUAGAAAAAUGGAUAGAAAAAUCCCAUCCAGGGGCUUCCCUGGUGGCGCAGUGGUUGAGAGUCCGCCUGCCGAUGCAGGGGACGCGGGUUCGUGCCCCGGUCUGGGAAGAUCCCACAUGCCGCGGAGCGGCCGGGCCCGUGAGCCAUGGCCGCUGAGCCUGCGCGUCUGGAGCCUGUGCUCCGCAACGGGAGAGGCCACAACAGUGAGAGGCCCGCGUACCGCAAAAAAAAAAAAAAAAAAAAAAAAAAAUCCCAUCCAGAUAUAACCCCCUGUUUCUCAUACCCAUGAAAUCGUGGGCCGUCUGGGAAGAAAGGAAGCCCUGGGAUUAAUCCCGGGACCCUGUGUCAUUGUCUUCACCCUCUUACCUGUGCUUGGCCCGCACUCAGGCUCACGAUGGUGCUCGGUAAAGUGUGAGAUGAUGAAAAUGCCCCUCUCUCCACCCCAUUUUACAGAUGAGGCCCAGAGCAGGUCGAGGACUCAGGGAGUCAACGGCAGAGCCGGGGCUAGAGCCUGGUGGCUUGGCCCCAGCCCGGGGCCCUGGUGGCAAGUGGGGCAGCCGGCGGGUCCAUUUCUGUUUGGGAUCAUGACCACAGGUGCUCACUGCACACAAACACUCUUCCUCAGGCCUGGAGGGCAAGGUGUGGGCCCCUGCAUGCCUGAUCUUUGAGAACACUACACAAUGCUGCUCUCACUCCCCAGGACCCAGGCUACAACCCAGGCCUCGGGGCCAGCUCUUUGUGUAACCCACGUGAAUGUAUUAAAAACGGAUUUUGGAGAAACA